CGCACCCCCGGCCCGGGGCGAUCCCCGCACGCGGCGGGCUGGAGUCUCGGAGGUGACGUGAGCUAGGAGCGGACGGUCCCUGACACCCCCCCCCGCCCCGCCUGUAUAAUGGGCCGCGACCCGCCGCACUGAUUGAACCGCCGCCGGGAGAUGCUGCCGGUGCCGCAUUACCGAGGGGCGGGGAGCGCUCGGCCGCCGCGCCCUGAGCCGCCGCAGGACGCGGCGAGGUUGGGGCCGCGCUGAGCGUGGGGCGCGAUGGCCGAGGAGCCGGCGCUGAGCCCGGAGUCAGUGCUGCGGUUCCUGGCGGCGCGGGGCGGGCGGGCGCGGAACGCGGAGCUGCUGGAGCAUUUCCGGGGCUGGCUGAGCCCGCCGGAGCCGGAGCGCCGCGCCCGGGCCCGCCAGCGCUUCAAGGAGCUGGUCAACGCCGUGGCCACCGUGCACCUGGAGCCCGGCUCCGGCGCCAAGUACGUUCAGCUGCGGCGGCGCUACCGGCCCGCGGGGACCCCGGCUGCGGACCAGCAGGACUCGCCACCCGGUGACCAGCCCCUCGAUCCCGGCGGCAGCGAGGCCGCCGCCCCCCUCGAUCCCCCGGCAGCGCCCGAGCCGCUGCCCAGCAUCGCGGACGCCGUCCCCGUCGAUCCCCCCGCGGCGCCCGAGCCGCUGCCCAGCAUCGCGGUGACCCCUGACGAGGAGGCGGACUCGGCACCGCGGAGCCGGGACUCCUCGCCUUGUCCCGGGGGGCAGCCGCCGGAGAUCGCGCCUGCUGCCCCGGGAAAGCCGGGCCCCGAGGAUGGGGCGCUCCGGGGAAAGGGCCCCCCCAGCUGCCCGCAGCAGCCGCCUCAGGCAGGGAGCAGGAGCGACUUGCCCCGGUUGGGCCAGGCGCCCCCGGGCGGCGGCAGGAAGAGGAGCUCGCGGCGCAACGUGCCCCGGGGGCUGCAGCCGGGGCACGGCGGGGAGGAGCCGGUUCCCCCUGCCCGGCUUGUCGAAGAGGAGGGGGCCGAGGCCGGUUCCGGCUCCCCUUGCUCGCCGGGCAGCUCCGGCGGGGGCGCCACCCCCAGGUCCAGCCGCAAGAACUUCCGCGAGUUGAUGAUGGGCAGCUCCCCCCAGCUGAAACGGAGCUUCUUCCCCGGGGCCCCCCGAGCCCGCGGGGGGGACUCAGACAGCGCCUCGCUGGCCUCCUCCUCCGCCGAGGAAGAGAGCGGCGCGGGGAGCUCGGUAGCGCUGGACCCCCUGGAGCACGCCUGGAUGCUGUCGGCCGCGGACGGCAGGUGGGAGAGCCUGGAGGGGCUGCUGAGCUGCGAACCGGGGCUGCUCUCCAAGCGCGACUUCAUCACCGGCUUCACUUGCCUGCACUGGGCCGCCAAGCACGGGCGCCAGGAGCUGCUCGCCAUGCUUGUCAACUUCGCGCACAAGCAGCGGCUGCCCAUCAACAUCAACGCGCGCACCAGCGGAGGGUACACGGCGCUGCACCUGGCCGCCAUGCACGGCCACCUGGAAGUGGUCAAGCUGCUCGUGGGGGCCUACGACGCAGACGUGGAUGUGAGGGACUACAGCGGGCGCAAGGCCUCCAACUACCUGAGCCAGAGCACCACGGAGGAGAUGCGGAGCCUGGUGGGGGCCCUGCAGGAGGAGGGCGAGGGCGUUGUGGGCAACGGGAGCGGGCGCUGGAGGCUCUCCAAGGUGCUCCCCUCCAACCUCAUUGCCUACAAACUCUCCCACCACCACCAGGGGCAGGGCGAGGAGACUGAGUCAGGCGAGGGGGCAGCAGCCCUGGGCAAGGGCAAGGAGAUGAGCAGGAAAGCCUCAAACAGCGGCAGGAUGAAACCACGGCUCAACAAAAUCCGAUUCCGCACCCAGAUCAUCCACACCACCCCCUCUUUCAAAGGGGAGGAGGAGGAAGAGGAGGAGCAGGAGGAGAAGCCACUGAAAACGUCCUUCAAACUCAGACCUAAAUCCAAUGUCUUCGGAUAAGCAGGGAGACAAGCAGUAUCUAAAUCAGGGGUGUGACAUGCUCCUGAACCCAUUGAACAUGUAGUGCAGAAGAGAGGUGGUGUUUGCAGCUUUGUGUGAGUGACCAUCCCUCAUCCAGACUCACGCAUACUUCGGGAGAUAAUGAAACUCAGAAGUUAAAACAAAAUAUUUUGCUUUAAGUGUAAACAUCCGCAGGGCUCCUGGGAUUUAGCAAUUUCCAGAAAAUAGCUGCUUCAAGCCAAGCAAUGGGGGCUCCCCAUACUUAAGAGCUAUUUCCUUGCAAGUACAGCCAGGGGCCGUGGGUCUGUAAAGAAGUAUUGGGUAUGUAAAAUCUGUGGGCCUCCUCUUUUUAGAAGCUAGGCAUCAGGGUCUGGAAACAUGUAUUUAUACUUGAGUUGGAGGGGAGACAAAAGAGAGAAUUCAAAACUUUACAUUUCGGUACUAUAUACAACUCUUCAUGGACAGCUAUCUAUUUAAGUAGGAUUUUGUCAAUACAUUCAUGUAUUUUUAAAGUCUCUCUUUUUCUAAUGGCAAUACCACAUGAUUAAAUAGUUAAGUACAACACGUGACCGGUGGCAGGAUUUCUGUAGACAUUUGGGCUUCAGUCCUCAAAGACUUAAGACCAGUCUUAACUUUACCUGUUCAAAUGACAUAAUUCAAAUAUGGAAGUCAAUGGGAUGGCUUACAAAAGGUAUAGUUAAGCAUGGUGUAAGUCUUUGCUGCUUAAUUGAGGUACUACUGAACUCUAUUAGAGUUGGAAUGCUAAUGCAGAAUACAGUAGUGUGAAUGAAAGGUCUUUAAUUUUUUAUACAUUGAAUAACUGCUAAUUAAGUUCUGUAUCAAAGCAAUUUUACUUUUAUAAUCACUGUGAACUCUCAAAUACUAAAUCUAGUACCAUAUGAGUUAUUGAUCUUUGGUCUGUCUUGCCAACACUACACUAGAGUAAUAGCAACACCUUUACAGUUGAUUAUCUUUAUUCAUGUAAAACUAAGUAAUUAUGCCAUACAUCUCAUCCAAAAAAAUCACUUUUCCUUACAAAGGAGUAUAGAUGCUGUUGCAUGAGAUCUUCAUAAAACUAAUAAGAUAUUGAAAUGCAAUAGUACUGUUCUAUGCAUUCAAUAAUUUGUGUGCUGUAGUAUCUACUAGCUCCUUGAGUGUAGUAUAUGCCGAAAUGCUUACAAACUGUGGUAGGCUGAAGGACCUAGGAACUCUUUUCUAAGGCCACCUGUGUCCCUGUUUGUUUGGUGUAUUGAGUAAAAGCUGCUUCAUGAGA